GCGAUAUCCGAUAGUAUCGAGUAAAGAUAGAUUUUUGUUCCAGCUCUACAUUGCACCCUCGCUAAAAUUCGCAACAUAGCUUCAAAAACUAAACAAUAAAUGCCGUAAUGCAGCGCGGCAUCGACACCUUCUUUAAGCGGCUGCCCGGCAAGCCGAAAAAAGCAGAAGACGAAAACGGAGAGACGCCAACUAAGGCGCCAAAACGCCGAAAGGCCGUGAUCAUUUCCAGCGACGAAGACGAAGUUGCUGCCAGUCCGCCGGAGCCCAAGAAACGUAAGGCCUCCAAGGCGGCAUCAAGCGAGGAUGAAGUGGUGUCCGCCACUCCGGAACCGGAAGCUAAAAAAGCCAGAAAUGGCCACAAACCGUCCCUAUCCAAGCUGAAAAGGCAUGUGGAUCCUUCGGAGCUAUUUGGUGGGGAAACCAAGCGUGUGGUUGUGCCCAAGCCUAAGACCAAGGCGGUUAUCGAGUUCGAGAACGAGGACAUAGACCGGAGUCUAAUGGAAGUCGAUCUGGAGGAGAGUAUCAGGGAGGCCGCGCCAUUGGAAAAGGUUUCAUCAUCUCCCAGGAGGUCUCCCUCUCCCAAAAGAGCCAAGAAAGCCAGUCCUGAACCGGCCAAACCCAAGUCCACCAAAUCCAAGACCUCGACUCCGCGAGUGAAGAAGGAGAAGCCUCCAGCGGAUCUGGAAUCCAGUGUCCUAACCGACGAAGAACGCCACGAGCGGAAGCGCAUGUCCGCCGUGCUCUACCAGAAGUACAAGAACCGCAGCAGCUGCCUGAAUCCCGGCAGCAAGGAAAUCCCCAAGGGAUCCCCCAACUGCCUUAGUGGCCUGACCUUUGUGGUCACCGGAGUCCUGGAGUCCAUGGAGCGCGAGGAGGCGGAAGCCGUGAUCAAGGAGUACGGCGGAAGGGUGAUGACCGUGGUGGGAAAGAAACUAAAGUAUAUGGUCGUCGGUGAGGAGGCGGGACCAAAGAAACUUGCAGUGGCUGAAGAGCUAAAAAUACCCAUUCUCAGCGAGGACGGCCUCUUCGACCUAAUUAGGGAGAAAUCCGGCCAAUCUAAGCAGGUAAAGGAGGAGAAGAAGAGCCCCAAGGAGGAGCAUAGCUCCAAGGAAAGGGAAAAGAAGGAUGUCAAGGCUUCCAGCAAGUUAAAAGUUAAAGUGGAGAAGGAGGACACUAAGCAGGGAAAGAAGGAAAAAAAAGCAGAGCAGAACUCCGAGGAAAAGGAGAAGAUGGAUGUCAAGCCUUUCAGUAGAACAAAAGUCAAAGAGGAAAAGGAGGACACUAAGCCCAUAAAUAUUGAGAAACAUAAUGCAUCCAAGCAUAGGGUCAAGGAAGAGCACACUUCCUCAAAGGCAAAGCAGGAUGAAACAGUCCCAGCUGUUACCCUAAAAGUAAAGAAGGAACCCAGCUCACAGGAACAAAAGGCACCGGUGCCAAGGACAGGCGAGGCCAAGACCCAGGAUGUGGUCGGCAUGGCAUGGGUGGACAAGCACAAGCCCACCAAUAUCAAAGAAAUUGUUGGCCAGGCAGGACCCGCUAGCAACGUGACCAAACUGAUGAACUGGAUGUCCAAAUGGUAUUCUAACCACGAUGGAAAUAAGAAGCCCCAACGACCCAAUCCUUGGGCCAAGAACGAUGACGGGAGCUUCUACAAGGCGGCUCUACUAUCGGGACCGCCGGGAAUCGGAAAGACCACGACGGCGACUCUGGUGGUGAAGGAGCUGGGCUUCGAUGCGGUCGAGUUCAACGCCUCCGACACCCGUAGCAAACGCUUGCUCAAGGAUGAAGUAUCCACGCUUCUGAGCAAUAAAUCCCUCUCCGGAUACUUUAGCGGCCAGGGGCAGGCGGUCUCCCGGAAACACGUGCUGAUCAUGGACGAGGUGGAUGGUAUGGCCGGGAACGAGGACCGUGGAGGAAUGCAGGAGCUUAUCGCCUUGAUCAAGGAUAGCUCCAUUCCGAUCAUUUGCAUGUGUAAUGAUCGCAACCACCCGAAGAUUAGGUCCUUGGUUAACUACUGCUACGAUCUGCGAUUCCAGAGGCCGCGUCUCGAGCAGAUCAAGGGUAAAAUAAUGGGCAUCUGCUUCAAGGAGAAGGUAAAGAUUUCACCUGCAAAAGUGGAGGAAAUCAUAGCGGCCACCAACAACGAUAUCCGGCAGUCCAUCAACCACAUUGCCCUGCUGAGCGCGAAGGAGGAAUCUUCCCUAAAAUCAGGGCAACAGGUCGCCACCAAGGACCUGAAGCUGGGACCCUGGGAAGUGGUGCGGAAAGUUUUUACGGCGGACGAGCACAAACACAUGUCCUUGGCCGAUAAGAGCGACCUCUUUUUCCACGACUACAGCCUGGCCCCGCUCUUUGUGCAGCAGAACUACCUCCAGGUCUCUCCACACGGAAACAAAAACGAUAUUCUGGCCAAGGUGGCUGCAACGGCGGAUGCCCUCAGCUUGGGCGACCUAGUCGAAAAGCGCAUCCGCGCGAACUCCGCCUGGAGUCUGUUGCCAACGCAGGCCGUUUUCAGCUCAGUGCUGCCUGGAGAGCACAUGUGCGGCCACUUCACUGGACAGAUCAAUUUUCCCGGAUGGCUGGGCAAGAACUCCAAGUCCGGAAAACGGGCCAGAUUUGCCCAGGAGCUGCACGACCACACCAGGGUGUGCACCUCGGGUUCAAGGCUAUCGGUACGCCUGGAUUACGCACCUUUCCUGCUGGAUAAUAUUGUGCGACCUCUGGUGAAGAAUGGGCAGGAGGGUGUGCCUGCUGCCCUUGAUGUUAUGAAGGAUUACCAUCUACUGCGCGAGGAUCUGGACUCGCUGGUCGAGCUGACCUCCUGGCCAGGCAGGAAAUCCCCCUUGGAUUCAGUCGAUGGACGAGUGAAAGCUGCCCUAACACGAACCUACAACAAGGAGGUGUUGGCCUACUCCUAUUCCGCUCAAGCGGGCAUAAAAAAGAAGAGGGCUGAGGCUGGUGGCGGGGAUGACGAUUACUUGGGCGCGGAUCAAGGGGAAGAGGACGGCGCCGAUGGUCACGUCUCUUCAGAAGACGAAGACAAGGAUAACCUCGAGCUGGAUGGUUUGAUCAAGGCCAAAAAGAAAACCACCGCUUCCAGUACUUCCAAAGCGGCUGGUGGUUCCAAAAAGGCAGCAUCUUCCACGGCCUCAAAACCCAAGGCCAAGGCAAAAAAGUAAAUGAUCUAAAUAUUUUUCUAAAAAUUAAUUUUAAUAAUAUUUGGUCAUGAAACAUCCCCCAUUUAUACCUUUUUUCGAAUUUUUCACUAAUGCUUAGCACUGGCAAGCCGUUUAUAUUGUUGAAAAUAUCUAGAAUGUACCAAUAAAUUGUGUGUUUAUAAUGCA